AUGUUCCUUCCACUUAUCAUUCUUGCUAUUGUGUUUUGUGCCAUCUCUCUAUAUCUUCCCUACUCAGCAGGCCUUACUCACCUAGAAAGAAGAAAGAGAGAGAAGAAAGAGAAGGACACUCAGACAUCCAACGAGUUCCAGGGCUACGUUCCUCCAGAUGAAGAAAUGAGAAGACAGAGGGAGGAGGACGAAAAAAGAGGAUUGAAGGCGAGAGCCAGUGCUUUGAAAGAGAAGCUCCAUGUUACUGCUGAGGACAUGCCGGUGCUGAUUCGGUUGAACCAGGAAAGUGGGUUGCGCAAGAGAGGAGAGAAGGUUUCGGCAGACCACAAUCCGAAUAACUACGAUUACGAUUUGGACGAGUUGAUCCAGGAUGAAGCUCGCGAGGCGAACGCUGCAAAUAUUAAGGCGGCGUAUGCUGGGCAGCAACUUGGUGGUGAUAAGGAGUCCAUGGUUUGA